UAAGGCAGCAGCAUGCCGAUCAAGUGGAAGAAGUUAAACCUUACAGUACAACUACCAGUAGAAGUUAAAUCAUGGCGAUCGAGCAUGAUCCGCCAUGAUGGAUCAUGGAUGGCAGGCAGCAUGUGAGACGUGUGACCUUCUCCUCCUCCUCGUCGCCUUCCUUUGUGCGCUGUAAAAGGAGCCCCUUUUCCCCGAUCAAGAAGUAAAAUAUAGGAUCUCGUGCUGGGAAAGGUGGCGGCAGUGGUGGUGGCCAUGGCGCUCGCCGCGGGGACAGCCCCCGGGAAUCUUCGCCUUAGCCUCCUCAAUCAUGGCGCGGGAGUGGCCUCAUCACCUUCUUGGAAGCUUUACCACAACCCUCACUACUCCUCCUCCUCCUCACCGCGCGGCGAGAUCUCCUCCUCCUCCACCCCGUCUCGCAGCACACCCAACUCUCGCCGAAAGGAUCGAACAUCUAUGAUCGUUGCGGAUUUCGAGGACGGCGACGGCAUGGAGCGGCGGCUGGGGAGCGGGUACGGCGAAGGCGGCAUGGCGUCGGUGUCGGAGCUUGUGGCGCGCGUCGAGGAGCUCGGGGCGGAGCUCGAGUUCGAGCGGCGCAUGCGGCGCAAGGUGGAGGCGCUCAACGACGCGCUCGCGGCCGAGCUCGCGGAGGAGCGGCGCCGGACCGAGGCGGAGCGCGCGAGGGUGCGCGAGGAGCUCGACGAGGAGCGCCGGAUGCUGCGCGUCGCGGAGCUGUGGCGGGAGGAGCGGGUGCGGAUGAAGCUCGCCGACGCCCGGGACGCCUUCGUGGAGAGGCUGCGGGAGGCCGCCGACGCCGACGCCGGGCGCCGUGCUGCGGAUGCCAAUGCUGGAAACUGCGGCUGCUGCUGCAGGAGCAGCGGCGUCGGCAGCCCGAUCGGCGGCAAGGCGAGCCCGGCGAGCGGCCAGCGGAGCCCCGCGGGUGGUCAGCACGGCCAGCAGAGCCCGACGCGUGGCCAGUCGCACCGGCGGGAAGGUACCGGCGGCGAGAACCCGCACAUCAGGAGGGGGAUCAAGGGGUCCGUGGAGUUCCCGAGGGCCGUCCGGGUGCGCCCGCGCGGCGAGGACCGGGUGGAUCUGGCGUCCAACCUCGAGUGCCAGCGCGCGCAGCUGCGCGUCCUCAUGCGGCACCGCAGCCCGGCCACCGACGCCAUGGGCCUCGGAGACGCCGCGCCGGAUAAUCUGGUCGUGUAACAAAUGUAGUUUCUCGAGUGUAACAAUGUAACAAUGUAGUUAUACAUAGUCGCUGACAUAGUAAACUUUGUGCUGUAAUUCCUUGUUCAGAAAUGUCCAUCUGUUUUUUUUUC